ACCAGUUCAAAACGAAACAUCACUGCAGGUGGUGGACGUAUAUGUUGCUCUCUCCGGGUAUAAAUUCUUCUUUGACUAAAUUUUUUGCACAAGUUGCUGCUAUCUGUCUUUUAUGAUUUUUAUUUCUAAAUAAGAAAUGAAAUAAGAAAAGUACUCAUUCAGUGACCUACAAUGAAACAUUUUAAUGCAAAAAUGUUUUAACAUAGUUUUUAAUUAAUGAAAUUGAAUGUGUCAAGUGCGGGGGUCGUCGCGGUGAGGUAUACGGAACCUUCGCGGACUCACGAUCAGCUGUCAAAAUUAUAACAUAACAUAUCUCUGCUCUUUAACAUUUUAUUGUCUUUUUCUUCUGUCAUUUUUUUUUUUGUUUAAUUAACGGUUUGUUGUUAAUUUUUUCUUAAUUUAAUUUUGAGGUGUCUUUUUUGAUGUGACUAAAGCAUCACGCAAAGAAAAAAGCAAAAAAGUAAAGUAAAAAAAAAACUGGUGAAAGGAGCAUAAAUCAUCGUCCUCGAAGAGCUGUCACCUGCAGCCGCGUCGGGUCGGUGAUGUAAGGGGUCAAACAGGGACUCAUUGUACACAGCCUUGUUUUGUCUGUCUGUCUAACAAAAGAGUAUCCUUUUCUAACAAAAGUAAUUCCAUUAAAAUUUUUAAUUAAAGUGAAUUUUUCCAAACAAAUUUAAAAUAGAAUUUGCAAUAAAUUAGCUUAAAGAAGGUGAAGGAAUCAAAGAAGAAGAAAAAAAAAAUAAAUAUUAGAAAAAAAGUCUCUCUCUCUCUCUCUCUGGUUUUGUGUCUUUGUAAAUUUUCUCUCUUUCGUGUUUCAUUUUAUCAUUGAGUAAAUUGUAGGAGUUUUUUUUUCCACUUCGUUCCGGUCGCGUGUACACAGUUCGGUCUAUCUAUCUCGCUCUUAUCUGCAUAAAUUUAUAAAUAUCCUAGAAUCUUUUAGUGAGUGCUUGUGAUUCAAAGAAAAAUAAAAAGUGUGGGCUGUAUUAUUUGUGGGUUUUGUUUUUUAUUUUUGGAUUACAUUUCUCUUCAAAUUCGGUGCGGUUGUACUUUGUUUGUGUACUCUUUUGGCGUGCAUUGACAUUUGUCAAGUCAACACAAAAACGAUAACUGAUAACUAUGGUGCGACGGAACUCUUAACAUUUUAUUCUAUGGUGACAUAUUUUCAUUAAAAAAAAGAAAUAAAUCUAUGUGAAAUUAAGUAAAACCAAUGAAACAAAUAAACCUAAAGAAGAACAAAUAAAAAUAAAAAAAACCAAAAUUAUUGGGCAGCAAAUCAAACAAAAUAACUCUAAAUGAGGACGAAAAAGCAAGUAACCUCACGUGGUUAUCGUAAAACAAAUGAAAAAUUUAAAAACUCCCAAGGGGCUCGACUGAAACGCUCAACUAAAAGCUGAAAAUUCUUCCUUUAGCCCUUUUUAUCGUGUCGAGUUUAUGUCUCUCUUCAAAUACAAUUAAAAACAAAAAAAUUAAAAAAAAAACUACCAGCACUUUCGAGAUAUAAGAUUUAUAAAUAUUUGCGCAACUUGCAACAAACAACAACAAAAAAUAUAAAACAAACUAAAAAAACCUCAGAAAAUAUAGACAAACUACAAAAUUCAGAGGCUAAAAAUUCAUAACUUACCAAAUAAAAUUUUUAUUUGCAUAAAUUUAAUUUAAUUUUUAAAAAAUUAACACACGUAUCUCUUAAGUGUACUUAAAAAAAAUUAACUUUUUGUUUGUUCAAAAAAACCGCACAAAUAUUUCAAAAUUCAAGAAUUUCAUUCAUAAAAAUCCCUCAAAAAUGUUCACGAGACGAAAUUGGCUACUGCGCUGCAGUAUCAUUAUAAAUGUGGCCGUGAUCCUUUACCUUGGCAGUCAUGUGAUGAUUGGUGGAGGGAGUAAUUUCUCCACAGGAUCGGCGUACAUAAUCCAAGAUGAGUCACCAAAAGCUCAGCAUUUGGAUGCGGUACCGCCGUUUAAAGGUGAACAGGCGAAUGUUCGAGAACCGUUGUCACAACAGGAUCAAAGUCCUCAGUCAACAUCUGAGGACAAACCUCAACAGUUGCAACAACGCCAACAAUCCCAACAACAACAAACGCAAGCCCAGCAGCAGCAAGAAGAAGACGAAGCUCCGGCAGCUGUAGGAAAUGACAAUCCUACACCGGAACAUCCUCUAGUUCUCGAACUGAAAAUGAUUCCUGACAAGAAAAUCUCAGAAGCACCGACUGAUUCCACAUUGGAUGCUGGUGGCAUCCAAGAGUCUAGCUCUUAUGUUAAUAAUUCCAGUCCCGAUGGCUACAUGGUGACGGGUGACGAAAAAGACUUUGACGAAAGACUGCGGUCACUGUUGAAAUGCCAUGAACAUGACUACAAACCAGUCACAUUGCAGCGAGGUGAUUUUUGGGUGCUGCAGAACUAUGUGCGGGCUGAACAUGGCGAACUUAAGUGCCAUGAAACUAUUACUUAUACCACGCACGCUGAUUACACGUUUUUGGAUAAUCUUAUUCCAUUACUAGAAAGAUGGAAUGCACCAGUAAGCAUAGCCUUACAUGCACCUGGUACAGAUUUUGCACCAACUGUUAAUUCGAUAAAAUACCUAAGAGACUGCCUGCCAGAAAGUAAUUUGGUUCGACAAUUUGUCACAUUUCAUAUAUAUUUUAGUACGAAACAUAUCCCCAAGGCUGUGCCGAAAAGUGAUCAGGUACUUAGUUCAGCCUAUAAUUGUACCAUACCGCCGCCAUUUUUCAAUUUAUCUGGCGGUCAUUUGUACAAAACACAAAAGAAACUACUUUAUCCGGUAAAUGUUGGCCGGAAUAUUGCCCGUGAUGCAGCUUUAACACAUUUUAUAUUGGCAAGUGAUAUUGAGUUGUAUCCGAAUCCGGGUUUGGUGAAGAAAUUCUUAGAAAUGAUUGCGAGGAAUGAGGCGUAUUUGCAUCGAAAGGCGCCAAGAGUUUUUCCUCUAUCAAUAUUCGAAGUGGAAAGUUCAGCUGCAGUGCCAAGAGACAAAACCGAAUUACAAGAGUUACUACGACUUGGCAAAGCCAUACCAUUCCAUAAACGAGUGUGUUCCAGUUGUCACGGAGUGCCUAAAUCAAAAGAAUGGAUGGCUGCCAAUGAAACAGAGGAAUUAGGCAUAUUCCAUAUUGGCAAGAGAGUUGGUUAUUUUGUCCAUUGGGAGCCAAUCUAUAUUGGUACAAAUGCUGAUCCUCAUUAUGAUGAGCGAUUAAGUUGGGAAGGCAAAAGUGAUAAAAUGACUCAGGGAUAUGCUUUAUGUGUCCUUGAUUAUGAGUUCCAUAUAUUGGACAAUGCAUUCCUAGUCCAUAAACCAGGCAUUAAAGUUCUUAAAAAGGAUCCAAGACGUGCCAUGUUAGCGGGAAAAACAAAUCAGCUAAUUAAAAAAAUCAUCUAUCCUGAAUUAAGAAUAAUGUAUGGCCAACGAAAAGGAUGUGCGGUAUAGUAAUUAUGAUAAAUAUCCUUUUUUCCUUCCUCUUCAAAGAAUGAUAAAGAAGAAAAGACUUAACUUAGAUACGAAUAGUAGACAAAUUAGUAGUAAAAAAGGAUAUUUAUCGGAGAUCAUUAAGAAUUUACUAAGUAAACUUAUCUGAUUUUGAAAAAAAAAAACAA